UCUCUCUCUCUCUCCUCCGCUCUCCCUCUCUAUAUACUAUACACAUACAUGGCGUCCGCUUCUCUGAUUCACGCGCGCUUUGGGUACUUACCGAGUUUCAGCGGCAAUCGGCGGAACGACUCCCAGGGACCUCUCGGCUCUUCGUCCUCCUCGUCCUCCAGUUCGUCCUCCUCCUCUUCGUCUUUCAGCUUCGCUUCCGGCAUAUAUAGUAGUUGGAGAAAUCAAGGUCUUAGAGCUCAAGCUAUGACUAGUCAGGGAAAUUUCGGACCCUCCAGGGGUGUUGCAAAUGCAGAGGAGAAACCUGAUCAUCUUCUCGUCCUUGUUCAUGGCAUCAUGGCAAGCCCAAGUGACUGGACAUACGUGGAAGCGGAGUUAAAAAGGCGUCUAGGAAGAAAUUUCUUAAUCUAUGCAAGUUCAUGUAACACGUACACCAAAACUUUUUCUGGUAUUGAUGGAGCUGGGAAACGAUUAGCAGAUGAAGUUAUGCAACUUGUACAAAAGACAGAGAGCCUGAAGAAGAUCUCAUUUUUAGCCCAUUCUCUUGGGGGCUUAUUUGCAAGAUACGCAAUUUCUGUCCUUUACACACCCAAUGAUAGUGCCAGGUCAACUACUGCAAAUACACGAACGGCAAGCUCUUUGAGACGAGGAAAGAUAGCUGGGUUAGAGCCUAUUAAUUUUGUAACAUUGGCAACUCCACAUCUUGGGGUGCGAGGGAAAAAGCAGCUUCCAUUUUUAUUGGGAGUACCUUUUUUAGAAAAGCUGGCUGCUCCAAUUGCUCCUAUUAUUGUUGGUCGAACUGGUAGUCAGCUGUUUCUCACUGAUGGUAAGCCCGAAAGACCACCACUUCUUUUGAGAAUGGCAUCUGAUUGCGAAGAUGGAAAGUUUAUAUCUUCUUUGGGCUCCUUCAAAUCUCGGAUUAUUUAUGCCAAUGUAUCUUAUGAUCAUAUGGUUGGCUGGCGUACAUCAUCCAUUAGGAGGGAGACGGAAAUAUUUAAGCCUCCUCGCCGAUCUUUGGACGGGUACAAACAUGUUGUAGACGUGGAGUACUGUCCUCCAGUUUCCUCUGAUGGUCCCCAUUUUCCUCCCAAAGCAGCUAAAGCAAAAGAAGCAGCACAAAGCGAACCUAACAUACAGAACACAUUAGAAUAUCAUGAAAUUGUUGAAGAUGAAAUGAUACGGGGAUUACAGCAGCUAGGAUGGAGAAAAGUUGAUGUCAGCUUUCACUCGGCGUUUUGGCCCUUCUUUGCCCACAAUAACAUCCAUGUGAAGAAUGAAUGGCUUCACAAUGCCGGCGUCGGGGUGGUUGCUCACGUUGCCGACAGCCUGAAGCAACAAGAAUCCUCCUCCUCAUUCAUCACUGCCAGCUUAUAGCUUCAAAGCUGUAUGUACUAUUAAGUGCAGUGUAGUUGAAAACUUGUAGAAUAAGUUAACCUCACCAUUUAUUGGUCAAUUAGCGUAGAUCGCCUUCGCCUCUUUGUUGCCCUCGUAUAAGCUUUAACAUGUCCAAAGAUGUAUGGGAUGUACAUUUCACAUUUGUACAUGUAAUCUGCAAUGUGAUCGAUAAAUGUAGUCCGUUAGCUUCGCUCUCGCGAAAAAAAGAAAUUUAUAUAAAGUGACUUGCAAUGAAAAUUAGCAGCAAAUUACACACAGAA